UGCAGGCGGUUAGCUUCACUAGCUAACGUUAGAGCCUUUCUCUCCAUCCGUGAUGGCGGAGGAUAGCGAGUCUGCGGCCAGCCAGCAAAGCCUGGAGCUGGACGACCAGGACACCUGCGGCAUCGACGGAGAUAACGAGGAGGAAAAUGAACACACACAAGGGAGUCCUGGUGGAGACCUGGGUGCGAAGAAGAAAAAGAAGAAACAGAAGCGGAAGAAAGAAAAGCCUAGCUCAGGAGGAACCAAGUCUGAUUCUGCCUCAGAUUCUCAGGAGAUAAAGCAGAAUCCAGCCAUUCCCAUGCAAAAGCUGCAGGACAUACAGAGGGCAAUGGAGCUGCUCUCUACAUGCCAAGGACCCGCCAAGAACAUAGACGAGGCCACUAAGCACAAGUACCAGUUCUGGGACACUCAGCCUGUCCCAAAGCUCAACGAGGUAGUGACCACUCACGGGUCAAUCGAGCCAGAUAAGGAAAAUGUCCGACAGGAGCCUUAUUCCCUCCCGCAAGGUUUCAUGUGGGACACACUGGAUCUCAGCAAUGCUGAAGUGCUGAAGGAGCUGUACACUCUGCUGAAUGAGAAUUACGUCGAGGAUGAUGACAACAUGUUUCGAUUUGAUUAUUCUCCUAAUUUCCUCAAAUGGGCACUGCGCCCGCCUGGCUGGCUGCCUCAUUGGCACUGUGGUGUGAGAGUUUCAUCCAAUAAGAAGCUGGUGGGCUUUAUUAGUGCCAUUCCUGCUAAUAUCCACAUCUACGACACGUUAAAGAAGAUGGUAGAGAUCAACUUUCUGUGUGUGCAUAAAAAGCUUCGCUCCAAGCGUGUAGCUCCGGUUUUGAUCCGAGAGAUCACACGCCGGGUCAACCUAGAGGGCAUUUUUCAGGCGGUCUACACCGCUGGGGUGGUUCUGCCCAAACCUGUCUCCACCUGCAGGUACUGGCAUCGCUCUCUAAACCCAAGGAAGCUUGUAGAGGUGAAAUUUUCCCAUCUUAGCAGAAACAUGACACUACAAAGAACCAUGAAGCUUUAUAGGUUACCUGAUAGCACACGCACUCCUGGGUUGAGGCCGAUGUCAGCUGGUGAUGUGCAGCAGGUGACGGCACUGCUGCAGAAAUACCUGAGCCAGUUCCACCUGCGGCCCGUCAUGGGGGAGGAGGAGGUGCAGCACUGGUUCCUCCCGCAGGAAAACAUCAUCGACACAUACGUGGUGGAGGGUUCUGCUGGCACGUUGACCGACUUCAUCAGUUUCUACACGCUGCCGUCCACAGUGAUGCACCACCCGCUGCACAAAAGCCUAAAGGCUGCUUACUCUUUCUACAACGUGCACACAGAGACACCGCUGAUAGAGCUGAUGACCGAUGCACUCAUCCUGGCAAAACUGAAAGGCUUUGAUGUUUUUAAUGCUCUGGAUUUAAUGGAGAAUAAGACUUUCUUGGAAAAACUCAAGUUCGGAAUUGGAGACGGAAACCUUCAGUAUUACCUUUACAACUGGAAAUGUCCUGGCAUGGAGCCUGAGAAGGUUGGCCUCGUGCUACAGUAACCAGCUGCUACAUUCAGGUCCACAGGACACAGGCGGUAGUUAAAACAAAACGUGAAGCAAAUCCAUUCAGUGAAUGAGUUCCAUCGUGCAGCUCUCUUAGGUCAUUUUUGUUACGAGAGGUUCUCUCGUUAAUUUUUCCUCUUUGAAUAUCGGCAGAAUGUGAAACGCAUCAGACUGUCUUCUUCAUACUGUAAACAGUUCUUUUCUUAUGACUUGCAUCUACUAUAAUUAUUUUUUUUUGUUGUUGAUUUUUUUUUUUUUUUAAAUGCACAUACGCGAUAGACAAGCGCUCUCUGAAAAAGUCUCUGAAAUGAACAGAUAACUCCCUAAAACCCUGUUACAUUGUUCUGAGGCAGUGUGAAAGAACUAGAACCUGUAUAGUUAAUAUGCGAUAUUUAUUACGUGUUGUGGUUUACAAAGGGACUGAGAAGGUCACAUCUGAAGUCUUUACCAUCAGAUGAACUCUACCGUGGUUCCAUCUCUUGGGUUGGGUUUUGCUGCGUACAUGUGAAGAAUGUAUCCCUUUUUUUUUUCCCCCCUUUCGAAGCACAACAUGCUCUUAACCGGGA